UAUUGGUUUCGCUCCUGUCCUGCUUAAUUAGUGCAACCUCAAAUAACACACCAAGACCAACUCGUCUAAUUUCACUCUCUAUCAGUUACCAGAUUCUUCACCAAAAAAAUGGCUGCAAAAAGGUUUUUCAAUGAUUCUGAUCAAGACCCUGAUAACCCUGGCGACAAACGGAUGAGGAAUACUAGACCUUCUUUUGCUUCGGUUAUUGGAGAAGUGGUUAUGAUAAAAAACAUGGAAAAUCUUUUCUCAGCCAUGGAGCCUUUGCUGAGAAGAGUGAUUGGCGAAGAAGUUGACCGAGUUAUGAGACAAUGGCCACACUCCUUUGCUAGGUCUCCUUCAUUGAGGCUCCAAGCAUUGGAUCAACAACAACCUUCAACUUUACAACUAUGGUUCAGCAAAAGGCUUUCCCUUCCAAUUUUCACAGGUAGCAGAAUUCUUGAGGUUGAUGGAAAACCCAUCAACAUAGUUCUGAUGGACAAAAGCAGUGGCAAAGUGGUACCCACAAGUCUCCCACAUGCCAUCAAGCUAGAGAUUGUGGUUCUUGAUGGAGAUUUUCCCCCUGAUGAUAAUGACGAGGAUUGGACUAGUGAGGAAUUCAACAGGCACAUAGUGAAGGAGAGAAUUGGGAAGCGACCAUUGCUUGCAGGAGAAUUGAAUGUGAUCAUGCGUGAUGGAAUUGCACCAAUCGGGGACAUUGAGUUCACUGAUAAUUCAUGCUGGAUUCGCUGCCGGAAGUUCCGAGUGGCGGUGAGGGUGGCACCGGGGACUAAUCAAGGUGGUGUUCGGAUUCGUGAAGCCAUAUCUGAGGCGUUUGCUGUCAAGGAUCACCGUGGAGAAUUGUACAAAAAACACUACCCUCCAAUGCUUCACGACGAAGUGUGGCGCUUAGAGAAGAUAGGUAAAGAUGGAGCUUUCCACAGGAAAUUGUCAUCAGAGGGGAUCAAAACAGUGCAAGACUUUCUCAAACUAGCAGUCAUUGAUACUCUUAAGCUAAGAAAUAUUUUAGGGAUCGGGAUGUCAGACAAAAUGUGGGAAGUCACUAUCAAGCACGCAAUGACUUGUGAUACUGGGAGCAAGAUGCACAUUUAUCGUGGACCAGAUUAUACUAUUUUUCUGGAUCCAGUGUGCAAAUUAAUUAGAGCAGAUUUUAAUGGACAUACAUUUUCCAACAGAGAUGCGAUGAGCCCUUUGAAUAAGGCCUAUAUAGACAAAUUGGUGAAAGAAGCAUAUGCGAGAUGGAAUAACUUGGAGGAGAUUGACGGAGUUCUGAAUGAUAACAUUGCUUUGUUAACCCAAGGUGAUCAAACUGUGGAACAAUUUGCAAACAAUCAACCUGCAGCAGCAUCAGUAGUCACAUAUGAUCAGAAUCAGUAUUACAGUGACAAAUCUGGCAGCUAUGUAGCAAACAACAAUACACAAAUUGGAUGCUGUGAGUGGUCACUGAAUCAAGCCUAUAGCCCAGCACCGUUUGCUAAUGGCUUUCCUUUUAGUUUCUCAGUGACACAAUCAGAUGGUGAGAUAACCGCUUCUGGUUCUAGCUCUGUGGAUGUUGAUGUGAUCACAAGGCAGAAUUAAGGUGUACCAAAAAAUCCUAUCCUGCACCAUGCAUGUACAGUACUAUAUAUAUGUAUAAUGUAGGCACGCUACUCAUAAAUAUGUAUAAUUCAUAAAACUUAUACAUGUUUGCAAGUGGUGUGCCCGUAAUUGAACUAGCAUAGAAGUGUAAGCAGUGUGGAUGAAAGCAAGUAUAGUAUUUUAACUCUGCUGUAUAUAUACUAUUUAAAAGCAAGUGUAAGCAGUGUGGAUGAAUCAAAUUUGGCUUGGCUAGCAUAGAAGUGCCAUGCUCAUUUUAAGGAUCAUGAAUGAUGGGCAUGGCUCCUGCCUCCUUGAUGGGCUGUGUUGCUUUGUUACCAAAGUGUUUAGCGAUCACAAAACAGUAUGGUGUGUUGUAAAAUAACAUCUAUAUUAAUUAAUGUUAUCCCCUUAUCUGUUUUUAGUUUUCCA